GCGCAAAUGGAGCCUCUUCUUCCUCCGGAUCAGAGCUCAGCAAGCAGUGAGGCGAGGAAUGAUGAGGAGGCCGUGUUGGACAGAGGCGGCACUCGUUCCAUGCUCAAAACCAACUUUGAGAAAGAAGAGUUGGAAGGUCACCGUACCCUGUACAUUGGGGUGCACGUCCCUCUAGGUCGAAGGUCACACAGACGACACCGUCACCAUGGACAGCGACACAGGAAAAGGUCAAGAGAGAGAGACUCAGGGACUGAGGAUGGCAGGGAAUCUCCUUCAUAUACGGACACUCCGUCUCAAAGGGUGCAGUUUCUGUUGGGGAUGGAGGAUGAGGAUGAGGAGCACAUUCCUCAUGCACUUUUCACUGAGCUGGAUGAGAUUUGUCUCAGAGAUGGAGAGGAUGCUGAGUGGAAGGAGACUGCAAGAUGGCUGAAAUUUGAGGAGGAUGUGGAGGACGGAGGAGAGAGAUGGAGUAAACCCUAUGUAGCAACGCUCUCCCUGCACAGUCUGUUUGAGCUGCGCAGCUGCAUCCUCAAUGGCAUUGUCAUGCUGGACAUGCGAGCUAACUCACUGGAGGACAUUGCAGACAUGGUUCUAGACCAGCAUGAGACAUCUGUUGAACUUGGAGAGGAAGUGCGUAUGAAGAUCCGCAACGCUCUCCUCAAACAGCACCACCAUCAAAACCAGAAGAAACUGGCCAAUCGCAUCCCCAUUGUUCGCUCCUUUGCUGAUAUUGGGAAGAAGCAGUCCGAGCCACACUCUAUGGAUAAGAAUGGUCAGAUGGUUUCUCCUCAGUCACAGCCAUCCUGCCCAGAGGGCCGGGGUGAUGGCAGCAGAGAAAACAGUUCAGUGGAUUUCAGUAAGAUAGAUCUUCAUUUUAUGAAGAAGAUCCCACCAGGAGCAGAGGCCUCAAACAUUCUGGUUGGAGAACUGGAGUUCCUAGAAAAGCCAGUGGUUGCCUUUGUGCGUCUCUCCCCAGCUGUGCUACUCAAUGGCCUGGCUGAGGUGCCCAUCACCACAAGAUUUCUGUUUAUUCUGCUGGGGCCAAUGGGGAAAGGGCCACAGUACCAUGAGAUUGGACGUUCUAUUGCCACGAUCAUGACAGAUGAGGUAUUCCAUGAUGUGGCAUAUAAGGCAAAGGACCGCAAUGAUCUAGUGGCUGGUAUUGAUGAGUUUUUGGACCAAGUGACAGUACUGCCACCAGGAGAGUGGGACCCCACCAUCAGAAUAGAACCACCAAAAAAUGUGCCCUCUCAGGAGAAGAGGAAAAUUCCUUCCUUACCUAAUGGAGUGACUGGCCUUGUAGAGUCAGAGGAGCAUGGAGGCCACGGAGGACCUGAAUUACAACGUACAGGAAAGUUUUUCGGAGGUUUGUAUAUGGAUAUCAAACGCAAACUUCCGCAUUACCUAUCUGACUACACCGAUGCCAUCAGCUUACAGUGUCUGGCCUCCUUCCUCUUCCUAUACUGCGCCUGCAUGUCUCCGGUCAUCACUUUUGGAGGUCUGCUGGGAGAGGCCACAGAGGGUCGCAUAAGUGCUAUAGAGUCUCUGUUUGGUGCCUCUAUGACGGGAAUGGCGUACUCAUUGUUUGCUGGACAGCCUCUUACGGUACUGGGCAGCACUGGGCCUGUCUUGGUAUUUGAGAAGAUCCUCUUCAAAUUUUGCAAGGAAUAUGACUUGUCCUACCUCUCUCUGCGGGUGUGUAUUGGGCUAUGGACAGCUUUCUUCUGCCUGCUUCUGGUGGCCACUGAUGCCAGUUCACUGGUGUGCUACAUCACACGCUUCACAGAGGAAGCUUUUGCCUCACUCAUCUGCAUCAUCUUCAUCUAUGAGGCUCUUGAGAAACUGGUGCACCUGGGCGAGACUUACCCAUUCAACAUGCACAAUGACCUCAACAAGCUCACCCAGUACUCCUGUGUGUGCACAGAGCCAAAAGAGCCAAGUAACACCACCCUACAAUACUGGCAGGAAAUAAACAUCACCAGCUCUGAGAUCGACUGGUUAGGACUGGAUGUCAAGAGCUGUGUCAAGCUCAGGGGGGAGUUUCAGGGAAGCGCAUGCGACCAUCACGGCCCCUAUAUCCCAGAUGUGCUCUUCUGGUCUGUCAUCCUGUUCUUCGCCACCGUCGCCAUGUCCUCUUUCCUCAAGGAGUUUAAGACUAGUCGCUAUUUCCCCACCAAGGUGAGGGCAAUCAUCAGUGACUUUGCAGUCUUUAUCACCAUCGUCACCAUGGUUGGGAUCGACUUUGCUCUGGGAGUGCCCUCUACCAAACUGCAAGUCCCCAAUGAGUUUAAACCUACCAGGGACGAUCGUGGCUGGAUAAUCAGUCCUCUAGGACCAAACCCAUGGUGGACAGUUCUAAUUUCCUUCAUCCCAGCGCUGCUCUGCACAAUUCUUAUCUUCAUGGACCAGCAGAUCACAGCUGUCAUUAUCAACAGGAAGGAACACAAACUGAAGAAAGGCUGUGGCUACCACCUGGACCUGUUUGUGGUGGGCGUGAUGCUUGGCGUGUGUUCAAUAAUGGGUCUACCAUGGUUUGUAGCUGCCACAGUUCUGUCCAUCACACAUGUGAAUAGCUUGAAGCUGGAGUCAGAGUGCUCGGCACCGGGAGAGCAGCCCAAGUUCCUGGGCAUCAGGGAGCAGCGCUUCACCGGCCUCAUGAUCUUUCUACUCAUGGGCUGCUCUGUCUUCAUGACCACUGUUUUAAAGUUUAUUCCAAUGCCUGUGUUAUAUGGUGUUUUUCUGUACAUGGGGGCAUCCUCUCUUAGAGGGAUACAGUUCUUUGACCGUGUGAAGUUAUUCGGCAUGCCAGCGAAACACCAGCCGGACUUCAUAUAUCUGAGACAUGUUCCCUUGAGGAAGGUCCACUUGUUCACAAUCGUCCAGCUCAGCUGCCUUGUACUCCUCUGGGUCAUUAAAACAUCCAGAGCAGCCAUUGUUUUCCCCAUGAUGGUGUUAGCGUUAGUUUUCAUCCGUAAGCUGCUGGAUUUCAUUUUCACAAAAAGGGAGCUCAGCUGGCUUGAUGACCUCAUGCCUGAAAGUAAGAAGAAGAAACUGGAGGAUGAACAGAAGGAGGAGAAUAACAGUACAGCGAUGGAAGAUGAGGGGAUUGUGCAGGUGCCACUUGAAGGUCAUUACAAGGAUGACCCAUCGAUAGUCAACAUUUCAGAUGAAAUGACGAAGACCUCUUUUGGAAAUAUCUGGAAGAGCCUCAGUACUGACAACAGCAAAAAAGAUCAAAGCGCAAAAAGCUCACUUUCCUAACCUCACAGCAGCUGACUUUUCAAAGGUCUUCAGAGAAAGAAAUCCAGAGGCCUAAGAGAAUUGAAG